AUGAGUAAAGGUUUGAGCAAACACAUCCUUGGUCCUACUGUCAAUCGACUCAUUCUGGAUUAUAUUUCUGCUCCACCCGGCAAAGCUGAGCGGACGCGGCUCUUAGAUACGGACGUUAGGCCGGCUUUCACCGUGAAUGGGCACCAAUUGUACACUUAUAUAGACUGCUCUACUGGCUCACGAGUUGCCAAACAGCAUACCACCAUCGCGAGGUCUUCUCAGGCCGCGAACGGGUCCUAG